AUGGAUCAAUAAUUAACAGAAGAUUAAAUUGCCAAUUAUAAGGAAGCGUUCUCUCUCUUUGAUAAAGAUGGUGAUAAUAAAAUAAAAGUAUAUCUAGUUAAUUUAUAUUUUUAAAGGUAGAUGACUUGGGUUUAUUAAUUAGAUCAUUGAAUUAAAACCCAACAGAGACAGAAAUAAGUGAAAUGAAAAACGAUGUAGAUCCUGAUUCUACAGGAAUGGUUGAUUUUCCAGAAUUUCUUAGUUUAAUGGCAAGAAAACAUAGAGAUGUGGAUCCAGAAGAGGAAUUAAUGGAUGCAUUUAGAAUAUUAGAUAAGUCUAAUAAAGGAACAAUAAAUGCUAAUGAAUUAAGACAUAUGGUAAAAUCAAUGGGGGAAAGAUUGACUGAAGAAGAAGCAAAUUAAUUAAUAAAAGAAGCAAAUCCAGAUAAAGACUUGGAAAUCAGAUAUGAAGACUUUGUAAAAUUGAUAACAACAAAAUACAUUUUAUGAAA